UUGCUAAGAGAAAGCGGCCACACAUCGGCGGCGACAUGAAGCACCAGAAGCUGAGGGUCUGUCCCGUCACUCACCAUCAGGGCAGCGGAGCCGGUACUGGAGCUUAAUCUGCCACAACGGCAUUCUCGGCGACGAUAACCACGAUGCCAUCUAUCCCACUGCCUUUCGCAAGAAGGCCGCCACAGAUUCAGAGGAGCCGAGGCUGACUCUGUAGGCGCAGAAGGCUUGUACUUGCAGUCCAAAUCUUGUCCACAAAAUGUCAACGAAUGAAGGAGUUGAGAUCCAACAACCAGGCAUCAACGUGGGCCAAGCCCAACCAAACAGAAGAAGUGCACAACCACUCACCCGCCAACUCAUUCCCCACCAAACCACCGCGCAUCCAGCCAGAAUCGCGCCCAUGGCCGGCUCCGGCGCCAGCGACGAGGAGGUCGUCCUCGAGAUCGAGCACUGCAUCCGCAUAUUCAAGAGCGGCCGCGUCGAGCGCUACUUCGGCUCCGACCCCGUGCCGCCCUGCACCGACGCCGGCACCGGCGUCGCCUCGAAAGACCACACCAUCUCCCCCGAGGUCGCCGUCCGCCUCUACCUCCCGCCCGUCGCCGCCACAGACGGAAAGAAGCUCCCGAUCCUCGUCUACUUCCACGGCGGCGGCUUCGUCCUCCACACCGCCUUCAACUUCGUCUUCCACGGGUACCUCACCUCCCUGGCCGCGCGCGCCGGGGCCAUCGUCGUCUCCGUCGACUACCGCAUCGCGCCCGAGCACCCGCUCCCGGCUGCCUACGACGACUCGUGGCAGGCGCUAUCCUGGGUGGCAUCCCACGCGCCCGGCGGUGGCGCCGGCGAGGAGCCCUGGCUCACCGACCACGGCGACUUCUCCCGCCUGUCGCUGGGCGGGGAGAGCGCGGGCGCCAACAUCGCGCACCACCUGGCGAUGCGCGCCGGCGCGGAGGAGGGCGUGCUGCCCCACGGCGCGCGCAUCAGCGGCGGCAUCCUCCUGGUCCACCCCUACUUCCUGGGCCACGGCAAGGUGCCGUCGGAGGACAGCGACCCCGGGAUGGCGGAGAACGUGGUGAAGAUGUGGCGCGCGGUGCGGCCCGGGACGAGCGGCGUCGACGACCCCUGGAUCAACCCGCUGGCGGCGGGCGCGCCGCCGAUGGAGGCGCUGGCGUGCGGGCGCGUGCUCAUGUGCCUGGCGGAGACGGACGUGUGCCGCGACCGCGGCCGCGCGUACUGCGACGGGCUCAGGGCCAGCGGGUGGGCCGGCGAGGUGGAGGUGCUGGAGGUGGCCGGGCAGGGCCACUGCUUCCAUCUCGGCAACUUCGGCUGCGACGACGCCGUCAGGCAGGAUGAGGUCAUCUCCAGGUUCCUGAACCUGUAGCGAAAUUUACACAAAAUCUUGUUGGGUUUGUUACUUUGUUUUGUUGUAAGAUUUGUUGAGAGCUGCGAGAAAUGUGUAGAAAAAAUUACGGAAUCUCAAGCUCUCCUGGUUCUUGUUGUAAGAUUUGCGUUGGGUUUACCUGAGACGCUGCAUACUCCUGAAUUUAUGUGUUCUUAUUAUUUUUUUUUA